AUGCCCCAGGCUUCUGAGCACCGCCUGGGACGGACCCGAGAGCCACCUCUUAAUAUCCAGCCCCGAGUGGGAUCCAAGCUACCAUUUGCUCCCCGGGCCCGGAGCAAGGAGCGCCGAAAUCCAGCCCCUGGGCCAAAUCCCUUGUUACGACCUCUGCCUCCUAGGCCAGGUCCCCCUGAGGAACGGCUCAAGAAACUGGAGCUGGGACGGGGACGGACCUCAGGCCCUCGUCCCAGCGGCCCACUUCGGGCAGAUCAUGGAGUUCCCCUGCCUGGCUCACCACCCCCAACUGUGGCUCUGCCUCUCCCAUCCAGGACCAACCUAACCCGUUCCAAGUCUGUGAGCAGUGGUGACUUGCGUCCAAUGGGGAUUGCCUUGGGAGGGCACCGUGGCACUGGAGAGCUAGGGGCUGCACUGAGUCGCUUGGCUCUUCGGCCUGAGCCACCCCCUUUGAGACGCAGCACCUCUCUCCGCCGCCUCGGGGGCUUUCCUGGGCCACCCACUUUGUUCAGCAUACGGACAGAGCCCCCUACUCCCCAUGGCUCCUUCCACGUGAUAUCUGCCCGGCCCUCUGAACCUUUCUACUCCGAUGACAAGAUGGCUCAUCACACACUGCUUCUGGGCUCUGGUCACGUUGGCCUCCGCAAUCUGGGGAACACGUGCUUCCUGAACGCUGUGCUACAGUGUCUGAGCAGCACCCGGCCUCUUCGGGACUUCUGUCUGCGAAGGGACUUCCGUCAAGAGGUGCCUGGAGGGGGCCGAGCCCAGGAGCUCACUGAAGCCUUUGCAGAUGUGAUUGGUGCCCUGUGGCACCCUGAUUCCUGUGAAGCUGUGAAUCCUACUCGAUUCCGAGCUGUCUUCCAGAAAUACGUUCCCUCCUUCUCUGGAUACAGCCAGCAGGAUGCGCAAGAGUUUCUGAAGCUCCUCAUGGAGCGGCUACACCUCGAAAUCAACCGCCGAGGCCGCCGGGCUCCACCAAUCCUGGCCAGUAGUCCUGUUCCCCCCCCACCCCGCCUCGGAGGGGCUCUGCUAGAAGAACCUGAGUUAAGCGAUGACGAUCGAGCCAACCUAAUGUGGAAGCGUUACCUGGAAAGAGAGGACAGCAAGAUUGUGGACCUGUUUGUGGGCCAGUUGAAAAGUUGUCUCAAGUGCCAGGCCUGUGGGUAUCGCUCCACGACCUUCGAGGUUUUCUGUGACCUGUCCCUGCCCAUCCCCAAGAAAGGAUUUGCUGGGGGCAAGGUGUCUCUGCGAGAUUGUUUCAACCUUUUCACCAAGGAAGAAGAGCUAGAAUCGGAGAAUGCCCCAGUGUGUGACCGAUGUCGGCAGAAAACACGAAGUACCAAAAAGUUGACAGUACAAAGAUUCCCCCGAAUUCUCGUGCUCCAUCUUAAUCGAUUUUCUGCCUCCCGAGGCUCCAUCAAGAAGAGUUCAGUAGGUGUAGACUUCCCACUGCAGCGACUGAGCCUAGGGGACUUCGCCAGCGACAAAGCCGGUGACCCCGUGUACCAGCUGUAUGCCCUUUGCAACCACUCGGGCAGCGUCCACUACGGCCACUACACAGCCCUAUGCCGGUGCCAGACUGGCUGGCAUGUCUACAAUGACUCUCGUGUCUCCCCUGUCAGUGAAAACCAGGUGGCAUCCAGUGAGGGCUACGUGCUGUUCUACCAACUGAUGCAGGAGCCGCCCCGGUGCCUGUGA